GAUAUUAGUUCCAUCGAUUUGGAAGAAACUUUUAAGUUUCUCGUAUUGGAUUUCACAGACGAAUUUGAUUUCUUUUGGGAGUAUCACCAGGGUGAUGGCUGGUAUAUCAAAAAUGAUGGGUAUAAUCUCUCUACGAAUUUCUUUCUGAUUAUUUUUCCGAAUUCGGUCCAGACAUUAAAUAGGAUUAAUAUUCUCCUUCCGACAGAUAUCGUGGAUCUUCCCUACUGUAACUUAAUUUUUGGAUUCGUUGAGAUCGGAUUUCGUAACCGUUCUCUCCAACAACUUCGUGUCACUUCAGGAUUCAACGAUUGUGUUGAUCCUCCUGCU